CUCCUCCUCCUCUUCCUCCUCCUCCUCGUCCUCCUCUUCCUUCUCCUCCUCCUCCUCUUCCUCACCAUCACCACCACCAUCAUCUUCCUCCUCCUCCUCCUCCUGCUCCCGCUCCUGCCGCUGCUGCUUCUCCCCCUGUUCCCUUGGAGCGGACCAUCCUGGUGCCUCUUUUGUGAAGCGGCGGCUGAGGAGACCCCCGGACUCGCCAUGGCCGACGAAAAGCUGAAGGAAGGAGUCAAGACUGAAAACAACGACCACAUUAAUUUGAAGGUGGCAGGGCAAGAUGGUUCGGUGGUGCAAUUUAAGAUUAAGAGGCACACACCACUUAGUAAACUAAUGAAAGCCUAUUGUGAACGACAGGGUUUGUCAAUGAGGCAGAUCAGAUUCCGAUUUGAUGGGCAACCAAUCAAUGAAACAGACACACCUGCACAGUUGGAAAUGGAGGAUGAAGAUACAAUUGAUGUAAUCCAGCAGCAGACAGGUGGUGUUAACUAA